AUUUUUUUUAUCGAAUCUAGCUUAUAUUGACACUUAAAUUCGGGCAGCACUGUUGAGUAGUCGGCUUCACUAAAAAAGUGGGAUCAAGAACCCCAAGCAAGUUCCCUUGGGGAAGUGACGUUUCAGUCAAACAAUCAAACGUCAGGCGAGCUUCAUUGACAGACUGGAGCAUUUCGAUAGCCAUGAAAUCGAAAGGGACACUUCUGGCAGCUAUGCUACUGAUGGUGCUUAUCAAUCUCCAGAUGAGUGAAGGUAUUUGGUUUCCCUGGUACUUCCAUCGCUAUGGACUGGAGCCGCACUCGGCUCGUCACAAGGGACUCGGCGGGGGGACAGCUCCGGCGAUUCCCAGUGCAAAACAGCCAGGGCCGGCGAGCGGAGCCAAGCAGGGAACAAGCAAGGACAAGGGCAAGGACAAGAACAAGGGCGGUCCGACCUGUCCGCCUGGCUACGAGCCUAAGGACCCCAAGGCUGUCCGCGAAGCGGGAUCGACAACUCGUAUCUGCGAUGAUAAUCCCGUGCUGAUGCAGCUUGCCCGUCUCUAUGUGGUCAGUCCGGAGAGGAUUGUGCUGCUGCUGGCCCAGCCCUCCCUGGUGGACUCGUGCGCCGAGAUUCGCGAUGUCCUCUCGAACAUUCACUCUGCAACCAGCAAGUGUGUCCUGGCCCCAGACAAUAUCUACGGAAAGCUGAGCGAUGGACUGGACUACUUCAAGGAGGUUGUCUGCGAAAGCGACUGCGAGGGCAGCACACGCAAACGGUUUGCUGGGCUUUUGGAGUCCCAGAACUGCAUCCGGGAGAUGCGCACCGACAUGAUCGAGUGCGAGGCCCAGCCCGACUGGUAUGAGACGCGGAAUAAAUCGAAACUCUGUCAGAUCUACAACGAUGUCCUGGACUGCUACUACACCAGGGCGGCCAUGCUGUGCGGCAUUGAGUCGGCCAAGCAGCUGAGAUCCUUUGCUGCGGAUAGCAUGGGCCGGGCCAUGAACCACAAGUGUGAGGUCAGCAAGAAACUUCCGAGGGUAGAUAAUGCCAUGCCCUCAAUGGCGACAAUCCCCUCGCCCAUGGGUAUGGCUCUCUCUAUCCUUUGCUUGACUCUCAUAAUUUGUUAAGGUUUUUCUUUCGGACACUUUCCUUUAUGGUUAUUUUCCAUUUUUAUUAUAUUUUAUUACCAGCAUACCGUGUGCAAAUUGUUGAAUAAAUGUGAACAUUUAGUUGAA